AUGGCGGAAAAAACUUUUGAAACAACUGAACCCUCGGAUCAUGUUACUAAUGAAAAAACUUUAAGUUUUACUAAUAAAAACACGUCAUUUUUAUUAAGUGAUAAUAAUCAAUUUAAUAAAAACUCACAGCUUAACUCUACUUUUGACAAUGUCAAUUAUUUUGAAAAACAAUCUUUGGUUAAAGAAAGUAAUUAUGCAAAUAAUCGUGUUAAAGAAGUAAAAGAUAAAGAUCAAGAAUAUGAAGGAAGAAAUAAAAAAGCUAUUCAAGCUUAUUGGGAUCGUCUUGUUAGAAAUUACAAGAAUUUCAAAAAUCAUAAUGAUAAAACUGAUAAUAAUAGAAUGAAUUUUAAGUUUGAGGAUGAAAUGAAUGAUAUUUUUGGUGAUGAUCUGAUGAUAGUUCCUCAUUUUACAUUGGAUUCAUUAAAUAAAAAAAGAAGUAUUGAUGUAAUAGAUUUAGUUGAAGAUGAUAAGGAAAAUACUUCUGAUAUUGAAGUUGAAAUUAAAAAAGAAACCAAAUAA